CUGAAUUUGGUAAGCAGAGCAGCUUUGCUGAUAAGACACACAUUCUUCUUCACUCAUUUGUUCUAAACUGUUUAUCUGCAGUUUACACCAAAUCCACUGUUCAUCGUGCGUCGUCUUAAGAUUACACUGAAGAUGAAGACGACUUCUCUACCUAUGACAUUCACCUUCCUUGAUCAAAACCUGAAGAUCAACUCCACUUUGGAGAUCAUGUCCAAUAAAAACGACUCAUAUCUCAGAGCAAUUCCAGUUGGACAUGUUGGUAUGUCUUGCUUCACUAUGAUAUUUGGCACCAUCUCCAACCUCACUGCUCUGGGGAUCCUGGCAAAGUCCCGAGUCAGAUUCCGCCGCCAAUCCAAAGCACCAUUUCUGUUUCUAACAGUGGCUUUGCUUUUGGCUGACCUGGGAGGUCAUGUGAUCCUGGGAGCCUUUGUAUUGUACCUGUACACAAUUGGCACUGAGCCCACCCCAAAUUUCUGUAAAAUCUUUGGGACAAGUAUGGUGUUUUUUGGCUUGUGCCCCUUGCUGUUGGGUUGCGCCAUGGCAGUAGAGCGCUAUAUAGCAAUCACCAAACCCUUUUUCCACAUGUCCAUGAUUACAGUAGCCCAUGUGAAGAUGGCUUUAUUAUUUUUGUCCUCGGUUGCGCUUGUGCUGGCAGUAUUACCGUUAUUUUCCGUGGGGACUUACACAACCCAAAUUCCAAAGACAUGGUGUUUUUUGAAUCUUCAGGGUGAAGGUUCUGCAGACAGAAUCUUAGCUCUGACUUUCUCUGGUCUGGGCCUCACUGCUCUCACUCUCUCUCUGUUCUGCAACAUCCUGAGUGGUUUGGCAUUGCUUCAUGCCAGAACGAAGUACAACGACAGUACUAAAAAUCCUACAACUCGCUGCGGCCGCCGUGCAUCAUCUGCAUCAUCUUCCUCCAUGAACUGUUCACUGGAUGUGGAAAUGAUGGCUCAACUUGCAGCCAUCACUGUGGUUUCCUGUGUCUGCUGGGGCCCCUUUCUUAUCCACAUUCCCAUGGUGCAGCUUCAUGGUGCUUCUGGAAAUUUGAAACCUGGGUUAAUUCUUCUUUUCUUACGCAUGGCCUCGUGGAAUCAGAUCUUGGAUCCUUGGGUUUACAUCCUUCUACGAAGAGCAGUGCUUUUAAGUGUCUGCUGUCGUGGCCAGACUCCAGCAUCCACAGUGUCAGAAUGCAGCUCCUACAGAGAUUAUCGCAGAAGAGACUCCAAUCUUCAAUAAUCUUUUGUUUUCUUUUUUUUUUUUUUUUUUUUGUAUUUUACUUUUUUGUUGUUGUUUGACCUUUUUAUAACCUGUGUACUGAAACUGUAAGAUGUAAAUGUUAUUUUCACUUUAAAUUGGAGAAAUACAACUGAGUCAUUUGAAUUUAAGCUUAAUUUCACAGAUUU